GUCGCCUAGCGGGGAGGAAGCUGGAGCUGGUCAGUUAGGGAAACUGUGAUCGUUCCCCUUGGAGCUUUCUCUACCGCCUACUCCCCCUUCCCCCAAUUGGGAGACCCAAGACUCAACCUCAUCCCUCUCUAUCUCCUCCUCCCCUUCCACGACAAGUCCCCAGCCCCUCCAGCUUGGGCGCACAGCUACAACACGCCAGCGCUCACUCCCCUCCACCAACCUGGAGUGACGCAGGCAGAGACUACUUAAGGGAGGAUUAGAGGCGGCAAGACGCGGAUUCCCAGUCUGCUCCGCUCUGUGCAGUCCAGGUCGCGAUCCCGGCCCGGCUUCCAAGGCUAGAAGUAAGGCAGCAGCGAACACUCUUUAAGGCUGCAAGACAAGAGGUGGGCUGUCCUGGGACAGGGACGAGGCAGUAUCCUUGGUUCCCCCCCAACCCACCCGACUGGGAAACAAGAGUGAGAGAUCUCUUUCCAGCUAACAGCAGCCUAGUGACCAGUACAUUCUCCCAGUCGCCCCCACCCCCUGCCUGGACAGAAGCCACACAGGGAAUCUUCCCCAAGCUGGACAGCAACUGACCGGUUGGUGCUUUGAUCCCUGGACUGCACCAGCUGCUACCCCACGUCUCUGGACUCGCUUGGAUUUCCCCCCCAUCUUUUACCGGAAAAAGAAAAUAAAGGGUGGGAGGGGGAAGAGUAGUGGGUUAGUUUUAUUUUGCAUUUAUUUUUGGUCUUUAGCCCCCUGUUGUCGGGUGGUGACUGGGGAGGGGGCCAGGAGCAGGGACGUGCCCAGAGCUGCCCAGUCUUUGUCUGCUGCCUCCGAAUGCACAGCGAUGGGGGAAUGGACCAUCUUAGAGAGGCUGCUGGAAGCCGCCGUACAGCAACAUUCCACUAUGAUUGGGAGGAUCCUGCUGACAGUGGUGGUGAUCUUCCGGAUCCUUAUCGUGGCCAUAGUGGGUGAGACAGUGUAUGAUGAUGAGCAGACCAUGUUUGUAUGCAAUACCCUGCAGCCAGGCUGCAACCAAGCCUGCUAUGACCGAGCUUUCCCUAUCUCUCAUAUCCGCUACUGGGUCUUCCAAAUCAUCAUGGUGUGCACUCCUAGCCUCUGCUUCAUCACCUACUCAGUUCAUCAAUCUGCCAAGCAGAGGGAACGCCGUUAUUCUACUGUCUUCCUCGCCCUGGACAGGGACCCUCCUGAAUCGAUUGGGGGUCCUGGAGGAGCCGGGGGUGGGAGCAGUGGUGGGGGCAAGCGGGAAGACAAUAAGAAGCUGCAAAAUGCCAUUGUAAAUGGAGUACUACAAAAUACAGAGAAUACUAGCAAGGAGACUGAGCCAGACUGUCUAGAGGUUAAGGAGUUGGCCCCACACCCAUCUGGGUUACGUACAGCAGCCCGUUCUAAGCUCCGUCGGCAAGAGGGCAUCUCCCGCUUCUACAUUAUUCAGGUUGUUUUCCGUAAUGCCCUAGAAAUUGGGUUCCUGGUAGGCCAAUACUUCCUUUAUGGCUUCAGUGUCCCUGGACUGUAUGAGUGUGACCGCUAUCCCUGUAUCAAGGAGGUAGAAUGCUAUGUUUCCCGGCCCACAGAGAAGACAGUCUUCCUCGUGUUCAUGUUCGCUGUGAGUGGCAUUUGUGUUGUCCUCAAUCUGGCUGAACUCAAUCACCUGGGCUGGCGCAAGAUUAAGCUGGCUGUGCGUGGUGCACAAGCCAAGAGGAAGUCAGUCUAUGAGAUCCGCAACAAGGACCUGCCUCGGGUCAGUGUACCGAAUUUUGGCAGGACUCAGUCAAGUGACUCUGCCUAUGUGUGAAGGGAUAGAUUGGAGAGGGGAGACUUGGGGAGAUGGCAAGUGUCUUCACUCUCUCCAUCCAAAUAUGGGAUAGGGCUGGUUUCAGAAAAACUUUUAGACAAUGGCAUCAAGAAGGAGAAAAGAAAAAGAAGCCCAAUUCAGUAGAACAUGGCUAAAUGUCACUCCAUUGACUCUACAGAGUCAACUGGGUAGAGAAAAGGCUUCUUGUGGAAAUGGGACCUCUUUACUCCACAGGUUGGUCUAGCCUGACUAGUAAUGGACAUAAAAGGUUACUAGUUAGGAUCACAUUGAGCUUUGGCUGGGCCCAGGACCUUGGCAAAUGGUGGGAGUCAAAUGCUUCCUUGGUUUAAAAAUUAUGAUCGCCUCCUCAUUUUAUCCCCUCUUCCUGGAAAACAGGACAGGCAUCUCUGAAGUGCUCCUCUUCUUCUCCACCAGCAAGCCCCUCCCCAACACCCUGGGACAGCUUGCCAGCUUUUUCUAAGUCUGACCUUACAGUAUACCUACUAUGGCUUUCUUGCCAGUCAACCAGAGAGAAUUGUUUGGGGUACACUGUUGGGACUGGCCAUUGAAGAGAUUUGCAUUUGAGCCCAGACUAAAUGGUCCCUACUUAUGAUGAAAACCUGUAGAAUGUCUCAGAUUUCCAAUUUUCUAACUCAAACUGCACUGGUGCUGUUUAUUAGGGGUGAGGGGGUGGGUGGGGAGGGUAUUGUAAUAUGCAAAUACAAAAAUACUUAUUGAAGGGUUGUUGCACUGUUUGGAAAUGAAUCAUGAGCUCCAGGGCAUCUCUGAUUCCUAGCUCAUGAGUUUUUGAGAAUGUCCUUUCUUUUUUUUUUUCAUUUUGGAAGUCUAUCAGAGCCACAGAGUUUGUAACUUGGUGUAUCUCACAUGCUGUUUUCUAAUGUAGUUCUCUUGCACUGUACUACAGCGCUUGAUUUUGCCAUGUUUUGGAUUUGCCUGUGUGCUCACACCAGAGACCUUAAUCAUCCCAUGUGAAUUCUGGAUUCAUUAACUUUGUCAAUUCUUCGAACCACACACACACAUAUACACACACAUGCACACACACAUAUACAUACACAUACACACACACCCUAGUACUGGCCUAAGUAACCUGGAACUAAAUACUAUCCAGCUAACUUAUGUGUUUACUAAUACUUAUUUGAGACAUAUACCAAAGGCUCAAAAGUCAUUGCUUUGGACUGUGAAUAAAUGUUACCUUCUCUCUGCUCUUAUUAAUUUAAGUGCCAUAUAAUACUUUGAAUAUUUCACUAUGUAUUUAAUCAAAGAGUUGGCCAGGGGUACCAUUUGGAGUAAUAUGUUUUUAUGAAACCCUUUGUUUCCUUUACAAUAAUGACCCUUGAUUUAGAUAUGACAAUGGUGUAACAUACAACAGUAAUCCAUCUCAAAUAAAGGACUUGCCUUUUUUUUUGUAAAA